GGGACGCGCUUCGCUGGGAGGCGGCGGCGGCGGCGGCGGCCGGCCCGGCCAUGUCUCAGGAGACCUUCCCGGCCGCGACCCAGCAGAGCCCGGAGGCGCAGGACAAGCCCCGCAGCUUGGAGGAAAUGAUUGUUGCCAAACCAGGGAAAACACCAAUUCAGUUGUUACAUGAAUAUGGCACGAAGGCUGGUAUCACUCCUGAGUACAAGUUUGAGAAGGCUGAAGGACAAGUACAUCUUCCAAGUUUCACCUUUAAAGUCACAGUAGGUGAAAUAACGGGCACAGGUGAAGGUCAUAGCAAGAAGAUUGCAAAACACAGAGCUGCAGAAGCUGCCUUGAAUGUUUUAAAAGGAAAUGCAAGUACUGGUCUUUCAGUGCCAGAUUCCAUAGUUCCAGAUUCUCCAAAGCAACCACAAAAUCAAACCAAUCCUAUAGGUACAUUACAGGAACUGGCUGUCCAGAAGGGAUGGAGACUUCCUGAAUAUUCACUUGCGCAUGAGUCGGGGCCUCCUCACAAGCGGGAGUUUACAAUGACUUGCAGAAUAGAAACAUUUGUAGAAACUGGGACUGGGACAUCUAAGAAACUAGCAAAGCGAAAUGCUGCUGAAAAAUUUCUUGCCAAAUUCCACAGUUUCCCUCCAGAUAGCAUCAAUAUUUCAUUAGGAAAUGAAGUGGGAAAUAAUUUAGGAUGCACAUGGGAUGCCUUAAGGAACUCAGAAGAAGAAAAAAUUACCUUGCUGAAGAGAAGUCCACUCAGUAUUCCUAAUACAGACUAUGUCCAACUGCUUGGAGAAGUUGCAGAAGAACAAGGUUUUGUUAUAACAUAUUUGAAUAUAGAAGAACUGAGCGUGAAUGGACAGUACCAAUGUCUUGCUGAACUCUCAACCAAUCCAGUCACAGUUUGCCAUGGCAGAAGAGGGUGAGUCUUGUGCCAAGAUGUCCUGUGUUACGACGUGACUGUUACACAGCAAUCCGUAUAUUAAAAGCUACAGCUUUAUUGUAAGUAUUUCAGGGGAGGGAGGUUGCAUUGUAUUGAGGAGUCUAUGCAAGUGAAUUGCUUGGUUUGCUCUUCGGCUUCUGGGUGUAGGUUAUCUGGAGAGCUCAGCCACCUCCCACCCCUCCUUCCAUGUCUCUCAGCUGUGGAAUAGGGGUAUCUAUUGGAUUGGUGGGAAGGGAAAACAAGUUGCACCAUUAGCUCCCCUCUACUUCUUCCAUACUUGCCUCCUCCAGCGAGAUCAUUAAUAUUGAAAAGAAAAAGAAAAAAAACAGGAGACCAGUGAGAGAGUAUUCUGGUGGCAGUUUUAUAUGCACUCCCACAAAGACCAGCCUCUCUAUUCAGAGGGCAACCACACACAACUGAAAAUACUACUAGGUUGAGGUGUUUCCUAGUAUAAGUUUUUAUAAUGAUAAUAGAUUACAUUAAUAGAGCUGGCACUGGCAAAAUUGUGUGAAAUGGCCCUAGUAAUUUUUCCUCAAUACACCUCUACCCCAAUAUAACGCUGUCCUUGGGAGCCAAAGACUCUUACCACGUUAUAGGUGAAACCGCAUUAUAUCGAACUUGCUUUGAUCUGCUUGAGUGUGCAGCCCACCCCCCGGGAGCACUGCUUUACUGCGUUAUAUCCGAAUUCAUGUUAUACCGGGUUGCAUUAUAUCAGGGUAGAGGUGUACUUGCCUUAAUUUUGUAUGCAGUAUCUUGAAUGGCCAGAUGAGGGCACUGGCUACACAGUAUCAGUAACAGACUGUAGCAGCCACAUCAAGGGAGAGGAUUGAAACAGAUUGCUUGUUUGUAUUUAAAUUCACAAAACAUGUAAAGACUUUUUCAUUUUAAAAGCAGUUGUGUAAAUCUUCAUGCCUCUUGUAUAUGCUUAAAAAAAUUAUAAAGCAAAAUUGUUUCCAUCAGAUUAGUGUCAGGACAGUAAAAGCCCAUCUACACUAAAGAACUAAAUCAUUUACAGAUUGUUACAACUAAUCAUUUAGCUACCUAGCACCAGAUUAUUGGCUGCUGGACUAGGGUGACUUAACCAUCACAGAAAUGGGGAGGGGGAAGGGAUAGGAGAGGGAAGGAAGCCAGAGAAUGUAGUAGUACCUAAAACACAGAUGUAUCCGUAUUUAUUUUUACCAAAGUUUAAACACUCAUUUUACUUUUAAUCCCAGAUUCCAAAAGUGCUGCAUGUUCCAUGUUUCUCAAGUGCAAUUAAGACCCUUUUUCCCCUUUCAGGAACCCCAACAUUCAAGUCUUUAAAGGGAGGCAGACCCAGCCUGUAUCCAAACUUUCCUUGGUACAAUACCUUCCUUUCCAAGGGUCUAUCAUUCUCCAGUAUUCUGUUCCUUUCUGCUCCAAGGCUCCGCUGUAACCUUCUUGGGCUACUUACCAGGCUCCACACAUCCAGCUUUAAUGAAGCUAUCUUUCAAGAAGCAAAAAAAUACACACUCCCACUCUAGCUGGGUCUACCUUGUAUAAGCCACAGACCCCUCCCAUUCCCAGCAGCCUCUGAGAGGAUUAUGGUUGACUGGAUCCAGCUGGACCACCUACAGCUAGCCAGGUUUUGUUUCCUCCAUGUGACAGUUCACUCUGUCAAACUACACUAAAAUAUUUUUUAGCAGCUAGAAACCUCUAAAGGUCAAAUGUGACUUACAUAUACAUCUCAAUUAAAAUUGUGUGUUGUCAUAUUUGAAAAUAAAGGUCUGAAAAGUUACAGGUUUGAAAAUGAGAUACAACUAUUAGCAGUAUGGGAUUUACAGUAAAUAUAAAUCUAUAUAAGGGUGUAGAGUUCUAGGUACAGCAGAUCCAUAGCUGUGUAAGGAAUAAAUCAUUUAUGUGUUCAAAUUAGGGCUGUCAAGCGAUUUAAAAAAUUAAUCGUGAUUGUGUGAUUAAAAAAUUAUUAAUCGCA